AUGCCGCGCGGCGGGGGCCUCGCGACGCCGCCGCCGGGGACCUCUUGCUCCGCGCGCCCUCGCCGCGCGUCGUCGCCCACCGCCGGGCAGAUCAUCGCGCGGAAGCGCCAGUGGCGCGAGCACGUCAUCGCGUCCGCGAGCGGGGCGCACGUCAUCGGGCAGUACGUCGGCGUCUCUUGCGCGGGCGGGUCGCUGCUCUGCGUAUUCACGGGCUGGCACAACUUCCACAACUCCGCGCCGUGGAUUCUGUCGUGGCUCCCGCUCGGGACGCUCGCGGCACUGAUGUUCUUGACGAAUCUCGUCGCGAUCGCGCUGCACGCGUCGAAUCGAAGGUUCUACGAGAGGCACUGGGAGAUCGCGUGCGAGACGCUGAAUUUCGUCGGAAGUGCCGCGAGGAACAUGGCCGUGCAUCGCGCGAACCAUCUGUGGAUCAGCAUGCGGCCGUUGACGCUCGCAGCCUCCGUGGUAUGCAUGCGAUUCGAACAGAGGCGACAGCUGAAGUUUUUCAUCUUUCGCAUGUGCCUGGACUCGCUGUGGGAGUUGAGCAAAAAGUGGCAGUUUCGAGCGGGCGGUGAGCUCGCGUUCGCGGACUGGGAACUGACGCUGCGGUACUUUGCGAUGAAAGUGUUCGCCGGGUGUUCGCUGCACGCGUGGCUGGAGCGGCGAGACCUGAAGAGAUUCCUACUGAUUCACUACGAGACGGACAUGGCGAUGCUGAUGGAACUUCGCGCGGCGGAGACGCUGGAGACGUCGCCAGAGCCGGAGACGCCGCCGAGGCCCGGAAGUGACGUCCGCGGCGGGAGGCGGCGGGGGAGUCCUGGCGGCGACGCGAGUCCGACGCACGCGCGCGGGCGAUCCGUGAACAACGAUCAGAACUGGGAGGAUAAUUCGCCGCGGCGGUCGCCGCGGCGAGGGGAAGGAGGAGACCGAUGGUUGCGGCAGCGCGUGCGGACGUGGCUCAGCGAAUCCAGUCUGCCGCCGCAUUACGAUUAA